GUCGCUAGGAAGGCAUCCACCGCUGCACCCGUCUGCCCACACGAAUCGCCAGCAGAGCACGAUGGCCCACUGCCGACUGAUGUACGUGUGCUCGGCGCUGCUCGCCGCCGCUGCCGCCGCCGCCGCGGUGGCCGACGCCGCCAUGGACCCGGCGUCGACGCUGGAGUGUCACCGCCGCCUCUACACGUACAAGGUCACCAAGACAGACGCCGACGGGCGCGCCUGCUGGGACGUCAUCAACGUCAUGUCGUGCUGGGGGCGCUGCGACUCCAACGAGAUCUCCGACUGGCGGUUCCCGUACAAGCGCAGCUUCCACCCGGUGUGCCUGCACGACGCCCGCGAGCGCCGCUCGGUGCGGCUGCGCAACUGCGAGGAGGGCGCCGCCCCCGGCACCGAGCGCUACGAGUUCCUCGAGGCCGUCUCCUGCCGGUGCGCCAUCUGCCGCUCCUCCGAGGCCAGCUGCGAGGGACUGCGCUACCGCGGCCAGCGCUCCGGUCCUUUCAAAGCGCUCGGCCGCCGGUAGAGGCGAAGCGGUUCACGCCAACCCAAACUGUCGCGUUGCCAGCCAUCCACUCCACGUAUACAAAACUUCGUACUAACGCUGGUUUACCUUCCCUUCUGUUCUCUCUCCUUUCACAGUUCCGUACAGGCUCAUCUACCUUAGCAAACAAAAAAAGUAAUGUUCUGAGGUCUUUCAAUUUUUUCAGUGAUUCCACCCCCCCCCCCUCCACCCUAUAAUCUGAUCCGGGUUUUCAUCAACCACCUGCCAACAAUUAUUACAUUAAUGUUCUUAAACAUACCUCUCUGUUCAGCCUUUCCCAGGAGACUAAUAUAGCUCUCUGGUCUGCUAUGAGCUCACCUUGUUUGAGUCCCCUAAAGAGGCAAAUCGAUCUCUGAUGCGCCUCCAUAAGAAGAGCAUGGACACCUGCAUUUCCUACUUCACAACAGUAACCACCACUAACUGCCUAAUGUAGGCAAAGAGAUAUAUUGUGGAAUUUACACAACAUGAUCUGGUGGCAGACUCAAGAGCCAUGUAUUCUUACACCUUUUAAGUUCCGUUGGCUUAUGUAUAGAGUACAUCACACUAAAUUUCUAUUGCCUUUAAUACGUAACCUACUUUGAACUACUUUCUCACAAAUGCAUUAUUUCUGCCAAGCUGACCCAACCGUGGUGGAUGGCUAAAAACUGACACGAUCUCUCACCAUUUAUGCCAAAGAUUACUUUCAGUAUUACCUUAGCUAUAAAUCAUUUUUACUAUCUGCCUCUGGUAAUUAGCCUAAGUAUGUAUAAUUUGUUCGUCCCUAUUGAACGCGCUGAACCGUAAAACCCGUGUGUAACUGUCAUUAUGAAUUGUACAACUCUUUAUGGGUUUUUGUUGAUUUAUUGAGUAUACCUCACAGUACCCCGUUAUGUAACAUCUUCACUUACUGCCUCUGUUGCCAAAUUAUGUUCGAUUUCUCGCUGUUUUUUUUCCUUUUUUUUUUUACAAUAAACUCUUAAUGAAAGAACUCUAAGUUACUUACCUGUCCAUAAAUACUGUGGUAUGUAUUCAAAUUAUAAGUCAACAUUGUUACGUUACAUGUACAAUUUAUUAUUCCCGAAAAGUCUCAACUGAAAACUGUUCGAAUAUAAUUUACCACAAACUGCAUUACGCUUAAAAAUAUUACCAAUAAUUUGGAGCAUAAUUUAAAAUCUCAGCUUCAGAUUGCUCUGAAAGAGACGGGUGAUUUCAGAAUUCUUUUCCUGAAUCUUUACUGUAGCAUAUAGUACAAACGAGAAAUACUACAAUUGACUCUCUUACUUUUAUGCUGAACAAAACUUUUAUCUAUGUCUGCCGUAUAUUA